UAUGGAAGCAAGGAAGAAGCAUAUGAUUUUUGUUUCCUUUCUGAUUUUUCUUGUUUCUUCAGUGUAUCCAAUGGCAUCAGAGGGGAGACAGGCUAAUCCCGUCAAGCACUUUGUUCUAGUUCAUGGGUCUUGCCAUGGUGCCUGGUCUUGGUACAAGAUUGUGGCACUACUAAAAUCAUCUGGCCACAAAGUUACUGCUCUGGACUUGGCUGCUUCUGGAAUUAACCCAAAACAAGUGGGUGAUCUGCGAUCAAUUUCUUGGUAUUUCCAGCCACUGAGGGACUUCGUGGAGUCACUCCCUGCAGAUGAGAGGGUGGUUCUCGUUGGACACAGCUUGGGUGGAUUGGCCAUUUCUCAGGCCAUGGAGAAGUUCCCAGAAAAGGUUUCUGUAGCUGUUUUUGUUACUGCCUCAAUGCCUGGUCCCACUCUCAACAUUUCCACUCUCAAUCAAGAGUCACUCAGGAGACAAGGUCCUCUACUAGACAGCCAGUUCACAUAUGAUAAUGGCCCCAACAAUCCUCCCACCACUUUCAGCUUUGGCCCCUUGUUCUUAUCACUGAAUGUGUAUCAGUUGAGCCCAACUGAGGUGAGAACUCCAUUUAUUAAGGCCUUACAACCAAAAUCAUGAGACCUUCAUUGUUGUUGUCAUAUCAUUUCGGGCACAAAUAUUCCAGGACUUGGCACUAGGGACUGUGUUGAUGAGACCCGUACGCUUGUUCAUUGAAGAAGACAUGUCAAAUGAGCUCAUGUUGUCGAAGAAAUAUGCCUCGGUUAAACGUGUCUUUAUUAUUUCAGAGGAAGACAAGCUGGGGAAAAGGGAUUUUCAACUCUGGAUGAUUGAAAAAAACCCACCUGAUGCUGUUAAAGAGAUUAAAGGAUCUGAUCACAUGGUCAUGAUCUCUAAGCCAAAAGAGCUUUGGGUUCACCUGCAGGCAAUUGCUGAGAAGUAUUCUUGAUGUUGUCAUACCAUUAUGUGGAAAAUGAAACAAUUGAAUGAGCAGGAAAAGAAAAAAAGUUUCAAUAGAAAUUGGUACUUUGA